AUGAAGGACCCGGUCGAGCCUCGGAACGUCGAACCUACAGAGCUCGUCGAUGCUCCCGACCAUAUCGUCUACGCAGAGGGGACUAGUGAGCCCCUUAAUUUCAGUAACCUCACUAUCAUUCCUAUCAACAAACCACGAGAAGAGAUCUUCUUUUUCAAGAGGAUGGAAGGAAGUAACGCCAGGUUCGACGCAAUGGUUCAGGUGGGCGGUGGGGAACUGCGCCCAGAUGCUGAGGAAGCUGGUCUGAAGAGUGCUAUCUGGGAAGUUAUCGACGGCGUGUACCUGUACCGUCGGGCGGGACUUUCCUUCAAGGUCCUCCAGUCCGUGGGGUCUGCGGAGUACACAUCUCCGGAGAGGUCCUUCCACAGAGUCAAGCACAUUUUCAGCCUGAAGACGUGCGCUUUACUCGCCAAUCGAGAUGUUUACGGCGGACUGCAGGUGCUGAAGCUAGCGCUCUCUGGUGAUACCUUCGACCUGGCCCGGCCCAAGGAUCACGGCCUCGUCGUCCAUCACCCCAGAUGGAUCAAACGUGUGAAGCAUAUUGCGGAUCUCCUGGGCCUGGAGAUGGGCUCGCCUUACAGCGGCCACAGCAUGAUGCCUACCGAAGACGACGUUGCAGACUGGGCUGCGGGUCAUGCGGAGAAGAAGUUAGCAGCAUAUACCAUCUACGCCAUGCUCAAGUUGUACGUGUUCGGCGAUCGCAUAAUCACGCACGUCAGUAUAGCAGAUUUGCAGCAGCUCAAGAGCUGUCUCCGGAAGGACGGUCUAGCGCCUCGGUUUGAGAUCCACCUCAGCCACAAGCUGUGUGGGGUGCUGCAUGAGUCUGGAAAGUGUGUCCCUUUUGUCCAACGGCUGGGAUACCUAACUGGUAUCGACUUCGCUAUAUAUCAUUGGGAAAACGGUGUGAUUCUCGAUGGAAUAGUGCCCGCGCGGACGGGAAAAAAGGAGACGACCAGAGAGGCUUGCGCAGACGGCGGGAGGGAAGACACGGACAUAGACGACUAUAAUUCCGAAGUUGACGAUCUCGAGCUCACGCUCGCGGAGAAGUACCCAGACGACUGGGGUGCUAUUUUGCGCAGCGGCCUAGACGAUGUAGGACCCCAAGGAGCACAUCUACCCGGGCACCCGGCGUUCGUGUGA